AUGCUGCCAACAAACACAAAGAAUGUCUGGAGCAUUCAGGUGCUGUUUCCGGUGUGUUCCAGAGGUUCUCACCAAAAUUCUCCCUGUUGGGCCAUUCUCCCUGUUGGGCUGUUCCUAGCUAGCGCUUCGUUGCUUCUUACCACCUUGCCUACACAACCAAUGUUUUAGAUCUACCAGGUAUGAUACGUCCUCCAGUGGUACCAUUUUCAAUUCAAAAUGCUGUUGUUCUGGUUUGCCCUCUUUGUUUCCUUUUCAGCUUUGGUAGAAGCGCUUCCAUGGCCGAAAAGUCCAGAGGAGACGGAGUCUCUCAUUCUGGAAACAGUGAAUAGCUUUGAUCGACACCAUGAACAGCGCCGGCUUCAGCUGGAGGAGCUAUUUGGAAAUGACACCCAAGCUGCACAGGAAGUUGCAUUUAUGAGGAAGUGCGGGGGUCGCCAAGAGAGGAGCGAUAAUGUUUGUGGAGAAAUGCAAUGCCGUAGGAUUAGUCGCAUCCUUGGCAAUCGAUGUUUGCCUAUCAACUGUCUCAGGGAAGCAUAUCAGCAGUUUGAGACCAGUUUUGAUUUGCAAGGAUACUCGGAGUGGGUCCUAAACCAAACCAAAGCCGAAAAUAACUGGAAACCUCAAUAUACACGCGAACGACUUCGGGGUUCCGUACCGGACAUUAUGAGUUAUCUGAGGGCUAGCAAUGACGGCUUUUUUGUGCAAGACUUUGAUGCUUUCGAUAACAUGACUCAUGAUCAGCCAGGAGCGCCACAUGAUGCCCUGGAAGACAUAUUCCAAAGAUGCACAGCUCCAUCGACACCUUCUUCAGACGACCAUAAUCGCUUGUUACAAAGUGACGACUCACAACAAUUUUUUAUGGGCUUCAAGGGGGGAGCAGCUCUCUUGGUUGGAGGGACGUACACUCAGUACGGGACAGACUGUGGCUCUAGCAGAUGGUUUGAAGCCAAUCGAUUCUGUCUGGGUGGAGUAGGCGCCUUGAUAAACCUUGGUUUCCUGUUUGGGCAGGCCUACUAUCUCACCAGCAAGAACAACAAGGUUGCCAUGGACGGUUUGCAAUUCAUGGCAUCCGUCGACUUGGGGUUGUUCGUCAGCUUUGGAUACUCUGUGGGGAUAGGAGCCAAUGGUGUAGCAUUCCAAGAGAUUGUCGGUGCCAACGGUCUCGGUGCUAAUGCAGGUGGUUCCUUGUGCUACAGCGCAGUCUCCUCCUCUUUUGAGGAUUACACACCAACGCCGACGGUGGCUCCCGGGGGAUACCCUUCCCCUCCAUGAAAUGUGUGCAGAUACUAAACUUAAAACAAAUGUUAUGCAGUUUCAAGUUGUUGACAAAGAGAAGCAGUCUUUUCUGUUCACCUACUUUAGUACAAGCAACUCUUUUCUAUCCUUCCCAUUGCAGGGAAGCUACGGUGCAUAUUGGGUAG